AUGAAGGUCCCCAUGGCCACCAUCUCCUUCCUCCUCCUCCUCAUCACCAUCAACACUACCCUAGGGGCCAAGGCUGAAGCCUCCUCACGAGGGCCUUACCACCCCUCGGAGUGCUGCUUCACCUACAUCACACACGCCAUCCCACAUCACCGGAUUAGCAGUUUUUAUGAGACCAGUGGCGAGUGCCCCAAGCCUGGAGUUGUCUUUAUCACCAAAAAGGGCCACUCCAUCUGUGCCAGCCCCCAAGAUGAGUGGGUCCAAGACUACAUCAAAGAUCUUGAGGAGAACUAGUGAUCCACAUGCACCAGAGAAAGUUGUAGCUCAGCAUCCUGAAGGGAAGAGGCCUAACGUCCAAGGCCUCAAGUUCCAGCCACCAUCUGAGAACUGUCCUGCAUUGAAUUAAAAU